AGUUAGCUAGCUGGCUGGCCACUUGUUUCUUAUACUCUUUUUAUUUUUUUAUUUUUCUUCCUCUCCCUCUUCCUCCUCGAGUUCUCAAGAACCAGAAGAGAAACAAAACUAUCAGAUUCUGAUUUUGCAUUGAUUUUUUCGGCAGCCACUUUGGGAUAAUCUCGGGUUUCAGCUUACUGGGUUGGUUUUGUUUUCUCGGGAAAAUUCUCUGCUCUGUUUGACUUAGGCUGCAUUUUUGGCUGAAGAUCUGAGUCCUUGUGGGUGUUGUGUUUCCUGGGUCGGACCCGGUUCGGUGAAUCUUUCCAUGCUUUUCUUCAAGCACAAGGCUUGAACUUUAGAGGUGAAUGAGUUGUUCGUUUAUUUCUUUCUCAAGACACCAUUAAAGCUGCGGCUUUUCAGCGGUUGGUGUGAUGCUGCUGGGGUCAGAGCGUGAGAAUUCUGAAACCAGGGUUUUCUUCUACAAGCCUUUCUCUCAAUUGGGUUGUUUCUAAUUUUUGAAGCAGAUAAAAAAUCUGAGAGAUCUCUCGUGGAAAACUAGAGAGUAAAAAUGAUGAGGAUGAAGACGAAGACUACAGGGGUGUCACUGGCCGAGUUGAAUGGAAGUUCGGGCGGCGGAGGAGCUGAGUCGGGGCAGGGAGAGUGGGAGCUCAGACCGGGAGGAAUGCUGGUUCAGAAGCGAAAUCCGGACUCUGAUCGGAACUCGGCGCCUCCACCGACAAUUAGAGUUCGGGUCAAAUAUGGGUCCAUUUACCAUGAAAUGAGCAUCAGUGCUCAGUCUUCUUUUGGGGAUUUGAAGAAAAUGUUGGUUGGACCGACAGGUUUGCACCAUGAAGAUCAGAAAUUGAUAUUCAAAGACAAGGAGAGGGACUCGAAGGCGUUUCUUGACAUGUCCGGGGUGAAGGACCGGUCGAAAAUGGUGUUAGUUGAGGACCCUAUUAGCCAAGAAAAGCGAUAUCUUGAGAUGCGACGCAAUGCAAAGAUGGAGAAGGCUUCGAAAUCGAUUUCUGAAAUCAGCUUGGAAGUAGACAGGCUUGCCGGCCAGGUGUCGGCUCUUGAGUCAAUAAUCACGAAAGGUAAAAAAGUUGCAGAGCAAGAUGUGCUUGUUUUAAUUGAGCAGUUGAUGAACCAGUUGCUUAAAUUAGAUGGAAUCAUGGGCGACGGAGAUGUGAAACUGCAGAGGAAGAUGCAGGUGAAACGCGUGCAGAAGUAUGUCGAAACUCUAGAUGUAUUGAAAGCUAAGAACUCCUCGCCUAGCAGCAAUGGAAGUCAGAUUCCAAAGCAGGUUCAGCAGAGGCAUUCAGAUGGUCAUUCCAAUGGGAAUGGACAUAGACUGGCACCAAUUCAAGAGCAUCAACCGAGGAAUUCGGUUGACUAUCCACCUACACAUAAUCAGCAAGUGCAACAGCAAGAACAACCAUCAAGGCAUUCGGCAUCAGGGCCGGUAGUUGUGACCACACAGUGGGAGACAUUCGAUUCUGCCCCGGCAUUGAUCCCAACCUCUUCAACAUCCAAGGCCGCCAAUCAAUCUCCGUACCCUAAGUUUAACUGGGAAUCGUUCGAGUAAGCCGCCAUAUACAAUGUCAUAUACAAUGUAUUGUUUGUGUGUGUGGAUGUGUUUUGAUAUUGUCGUCUCCGAUGGGUUUGCUAUAUCUUCUACAUUCUUUUCUGUACUUAGAAAAUAUUUUCAACCCCUUUCAAUCUGCCAUUUAGGUCAUCAGAAAUAAAUGGGGCUUAUUACGAUAGGGAUUUAUUAUCAAUAUGUUCUCUCUCGAAUUCUGUGGUUCUGGUUUUUCUUAUACCCUAUAAAGUUGGCUAUCUGUAUAUUUGUUACCAGAGGAAUUUAGUGUCCAAACUUUCAGAUCUA